CGGUUAGUCCCGCCUUCCAGCUCUCCUGGCUGUCUGGCGGUAGCCAUGACCGCGCGCGGUACUCCAAGCCGCUUUCUGACCAGCGUCCUCCAUAAUGGGCUAGGUCGCUACGUGCAGCAGCUGCAGCGUCUCAGCCUCACCCUCAGUCGGGAUGCGCCCUCGUCUCGCGGCGCCAGGGAGUUCGUGGAACGCGAAGUGACGGACUUCGCCCGACGGAACCCAGGAGUCGUAAUAUACUUGAACCCUCGCCCGUGCGCUGUGCCAAGAAUAGUGGCCGAAUACCUUAACGGGGCUGUGCGCGAGGAAAACAUCAACAGCAAGUCGGUGGAGGAGAUCACGUCGCUGGUGCAGAAGCUGGCAGACCAGUCCGGCUUGGAUGUGAUCCGCAUCCGCAAGCCCUUCCACACGGAUAACCCUAGCAUCCAGGGCCAGUGGCACCCCUUCACCAACAAACGGACUGCCUUCCACGGGCUGCGGCCCAGAGAACUCCAGGAUUCUGCUCCAGCUUCAAUAUGAGCACAGUAAAGAACCAGGCUUUGGACAGGCCGAGUAGGUGGAGCCUACCAGCGGGGGAGUGUCCUGGAAUAAAGAAGAGUUCCAUUGCCCACGUCUACCCAGGUUUAGUGACCUUGGGGAUACCCUAAUUCUGAUUCAUGUGGCCUCCUUGCAAACUGAGAUGUGAGAAGUGUACAACACUUCAGGACCUUGUUUUCUGAAAUAUAAUGAUUUCAAAACACAGUGAAGGGUCUGAAGGCUGUCUUCUGAAGGACAUGGGAUGUCCUGUUGCUCUUACUAUAGUAUGGCAUUGGGCAAAGCACCUCAUAUCCGUGUUUGUGUGCAGUUUGGGAAACCGAAGUCGAGCCUGGCAUUGGUGGUGCGUGCCAACAUUUGGUUGGCAGAGGCAGGUAAAUCUCUUAAGUUCAAGGCCAGCUUGGUCUACAGAGUGAGUUCCAGGACAACCAGGGCUACACAGAAAAACCCUGUCUCAAGAAAAAGAAAGGAAACCAAAGUCAUUUGUUGUUGUAAAAACAUAAAAAAUAAAAAAAAAAAGUAUGGCUGUCUUUUACCUCACUUGGUCCAAAAAACCCUGUCUCAAAGAAGAAAAAGAAAGAAAGGAAGCCGAAGUCAUUAAACUCACCUAAGACCAUAU